AUGAUGUUGCACCAUACUUCAAGACUGAACCAGGCUUGCCCCAGAUACACUUGGAAGGAAAUCGGCUCGUACUUACGUGCCUUGCAGAAGGCAGCUGGCCCUUGGAAUUUAAGUGGUUACACAAUGACAGUGAAAUAACUGCCUACUCCAGUGAAUAUAAAUACAUCAUUCCAGCUUUGCAGAGGGCGGAUGCUGGCGUUUAUCAGUGUGUUGUACGGAACAGGAUGGGGGCGUUGCUGCAAAGAAGAUCCGAAGUUCACGUGGCGUACAUGGGGAAUUUCGUGGACGCAAACCAGAGAAAAACAGUGACUCAAGGGCAAGCUGCAGUGCUCGACGUCCUACACAUACUCAGCUAUCCAAGACCACAAGUGACAUGGUUUAGAGACGGGCACAAGAUUAUACCAAGCAGCAGAAUAGCCAUCACACUGGAGAAUCAGCUAGUCAUCCUUGCAACAUCAGUGACCGAUGCAGGAGGCUACUAUGUCCAAGCUGUCAAUGAAAAGAAUGGGGAGAACAAGACAAGUCCAUUUAUUCAUCUCAGCGUAGCAAUCUUGGAUUCUGUGGGAAUGUGGAGAAGAAUGUGGACAUGCCCUGAAGUAAUGCGGGAUUGUGGGCCCCUGGCUGUGUCCUUGGAAUUAGCACAACAAGGCCUAAAGGGAGCUGCCGCAUUCUCCACCAAAUCAGGUUUUGGCACGUGGUCAGUGCGUGGGCAGGAAAAGGAGCCGAUGAGUUUAAACUGGGAGAGAGAGAAGCGUGAGGAGGUGGUGGUGGAACGGCUUCGCCUGUAA